AUGACAGUAUCAAAUAGCCAGACUGUGAAUUACAUAAAUCCUGAAUUGACAGAGGCCGAGAAUGCUAAACCUGGCAGACACGUCAAUUUACCGUUUGGAUAUGGCCCCAUUCCACAGCAAUUUAAAAACAAAAAGAUCUUUUUCUUUGAUAUAGAUAACUGUUUGUAUCCACGAUCCACCAGAAUAUUCGAAAUGAUGCAAGUCAAAAUACACGAUUACUUUAAAAAAAGUUUGAGUUUGAACGACGAGGAUGCUCAUAAUUUACACAUGAACUACUACAAAACAUACGGAUUAGCGAUCGAAGGAUUAGUGAGAAACCAUCAGGUGGAUGCAUUGGACUAUAACUCCAAAGUUGACGAUGCAUUGGAUCUACACUCUGUAUUACGUUACGACUCCGAUUUGAGAAAGACAUUGAUAGCAAUCAAAGAAUCAUCCAAGUUUGAUUACUUUUGGCUCGUCACAAAUGCUUACAAGAACCAUGCAUUGAGAGUAAUUUCGUUCUUGGGUAUUGGUGAUUUGUUUGAUGGAUUAACCUACUGUGAUUACUCCAAGGAUCCAAUUAUAUGUAAGCCAAUGCCAGAAUAUUUUUACAACUGCUUUGAACUUACUCAACUUGAUUAUCAGAAUUCUGCAGUGUUAUCAGAACAAUAUUUCAUUGAUGACAGUGAACUAAAUGUAAAGGAAGCCAAAAGAUUGGGUGUUGGCCAUGUUAUCCAUUAUGUGGAGUUGUCAAGUGAUGUUGAAAAACUUAAAGCAAAACCAGAUUUCGAAGAGUUUUAUGGCACAGGGGACAACCUGGAUCCAAACAAAAUUUGGAUUCUAAACAAAAUCCAAAACUUACCAAAUCUAAUUGGUUGCACGUAG